GCUCCCAGCUCAGCAGUACCUCGCUGACCACACUCACGCCAAGUACAACAACAACACUACCACCACCACUACUCACUCCCUCCACUCCCUCCACGCGGGAGACGCAGGAAGAUAGAAAGCCCAGGAUCCCUUCACGGAAAUUCUUGAAGCGUAAUCUUCCUCCCUUCGAAAAAUAGAUAAAAUAAAGAAUAAAAAGCCUCUUGAACGUCUGCCAUUUGUCAAGUGAAAAGAAAAAGAAAAGAAAAGCUAUAAAAAGGAUUCAGACCACUAUGGAUUCUGAAGAAAAUCCGUGUAUGGAGUGAUAAACGAUACAGAAAAUGGAGAAAAGGAUCCAAUAAAUCAAGGUUCAUCAUGGCACAGUGGCAGGUGUGGCAGUAAUAUACAGGUACGAACAGGAAACGAAUAGAAACACCUGAGACCUCAGUAGACAACACACACCUAACCACUGUACUCCUUCCUGCUCCUUCCUAUUCAGUCUAACAAUCGAAUUUGUAAGAUGAGGAGCUUGGUGUUGGUGAUUCUGUGUGGCGUGGCUGCUCUCUCCUUCUUCUGUAAGCCUGGUGAUGCCCUCUCUUCUGAGGCACCAAACAUAACAGAGGAAGCAGAGACAUCUUACCCGCCAAACAAAUCUUUCACGAACGAUACGUGGAAUGAAAACACCACAGUCACCCUUAGUGUCAUCUUCGACCAGUUGCCUGAGUCAACUGACGAGGAUCUGUACAAAGACACCAAUCCGGAGAACGAGGAUGUGUACAGAGACACCAAUCUGGAGUACGAGGAUCUGUACAGAGACACCAAUCUGGAGAACGAGGAUCUGUACAAAGACACCAAUCUGGAGUACGAGGAUCUGUACCAAGACAAGGAAGUGAUUUACCCCCUGGAUGAAGCGGAAGACAGAAGGCACGGUAAUGUUGAUGGUGGGGAGCAGAGAACAAGUGAAGGUUAUGUAAUGACAGCACAGCAUCCCAGUAGUACAUCAAACAAUGCUGACAACAAGGCGGACAAGAUAGUUAAGAGGCAAAAGACAAAUAAUGUCAAUAGCCCAAAACCAUUGAGGAAUAAAAAGGGAGGGGAAGUUAAGGUCAAAAAGAACAAAAAGAAGAUCAGUAAUAAGAAAAAUAUGAGGGAGAAGCAAAAGGGAGGGAAAAAUAAGAUGAAAAAGAACAAAAAGAAGAUGAAUAAGAAGAAAGUUGUGAGGGAGAAGCAAAAGGGAGGGAAAAAUAAGAUAAAAAACAACAAAAAGAAGAUCAGUAAUAAGAAGAAGGUUGUGAGGAAGAAGCAAAAGGGAGGGGAAAAUAAAGUGAAAAAUAACAAAAAGAAGAUGAAUAAGAAGAAGGUUGUGAGGGAGAAGCAAAAGAGAGGGGAAAAUAAGAUCAAAAAGAACAAAAAGAAGAAGAGAAUCAGUAAUACGAAGGGUGUGAGUGAGCAACAAAAAUUAGAUAUUGCAGAUAAAACAGAGAAAGGCGCCGAAGUUGUCGAAAGCGCAGAUGCUCGAAGAAAUAGAAAAAGGUGUCGCCCCAAGAGAUCCUGCAAAAGGGAGUCGGGUGUGUGCAAGAAGAAGUGCCACAGGAAGAAGGAGGUUAAGUCCAAAAAGGGGAUGUGUAAAGGGCGGCGAUGUUCAUGCUGUGUUAAAAAGCCCAAGACUUGCAAGCAGAAAGGUGAGUGCGUGGGCAAGGGCACCUGCAGGAAGACUUGUCUGCAAAAUGAGAUUCAUGCAGGCUAUCUAUCGUGCGUCGGCAAGAAAUGCUCCUGCUGCCUGGUUAACCAAGGACCGUGUGGCCCCGAGUCCCAGCAUGGCGUGUGCCGGGAUGCAGGAGGCACCUGUAAGCCCAAGUGUGACGGGGAGAGGGUCGUAGCUGGCUUGUGUCCUGGACCACACUGCUCCUGCUGCAUCCCGAAUAUUCCCUGCGCCAACACGAACACCUGCAGCAUCAGCGGAGGCAAGUGCAAGCCAGUGUGCCUCGACACGGAGGUGAGACUGCCAGGCAACUGUGGCCAAGGAAGGUGUUUCUGCUGCGGUCCACCUCCCACCGAGUGUACCCAGUCCCCGAUCUGCCCCGGCACCUGCUCCCAGACGUGCAAGGGAGUGAUCAGCCUUGAAGACCACUGUCUCGGCUCCUCCUGCUUAUGCUGUCUAGGUCAGUCCCGCUCACCGCCCCUCACUCAGGAUAGAUUUCUCUUUCAAAUAAUUCGCUCCUCUCUCUCUGUACUCUUUUAUGGUGAUUCUGAAUGA